AUGAUUGCACGGGCUCCCACAAAAUUUCUCAGGGCAUUCCGUGGCCUUGCUAGUCUACCUCCCAAGGAGACAACCUUGGCAAAGUUUGUUUUUCCUUCAGCAACCCACAAUGUCAAAGACCUACAAAAGCCCACUUCAGACCAAGUUACCGUGCAUGGCCAUUUGAAUAGGAAGCCACGGAUUAUGGCAAAGAGAAGUUUUGCCGAGCUCCGAGACCCCAACGGAGAUAUUAUUCAGAUAUACAUGGCGCCAGAAGUUACGAAUGAAAAGUAUUUUGAGCGACUUGAAAAGAGCGGUGCAGAAGAUUCUGUUAGUGUUACAGGAUAUGUUCAAGAGAAAAAAGGGAAAGAUGACCGGCCCGAUGCUCCUAAACAACUUGAGCUCGUAGUCUCUCACUUCCAGACUUUAAAUCCUGCGGGAGUGGAGGCUGGCCGACUUGACAAAUUGAAACAUCUGAACCCAAGCGAACUUCCUCCAAAAUACCGUUUUUUGCAGUUGCGGACACCAUUUUACCAGAAAACAUUGAGACUCCGUAGUAAGGCUGUGAAUGAAGUGCGGCGUGUCUUAGUGGAAAACCAUGACUUUGUUGAGAUCGAAACUCCUCUACUUUUCAAGUCGACGCCAGAAGGUGCUAGAGAGUUCUUGGUACCAACAAGAGCCCCGGAUAGAUUCUAUGCUCUUCCGCAGUCGCCACAGCAAUAUAAACAAAUAUUGAUGAGCUCUGGGUUCACACGCUAUUUUCAAAUUGCACGCUGUUUUAGAGACGAGGACUUGCGGGCUGAUCGACAACCAGAGUUUACACAGGUUGACCUUGAAAUGAGUUUUGUCAAUCACACCGACCAGGUGAGCACGGUUAUUGACGAUAUAAUCCAAAGUGUCUGGAACAAAGUCGGUGGUCUUCCGAUCUACAAGGUAGAUGACGAUGGUACUAUGGUUGAAGUGGAUUUUGAGAAUCACGAUCACUCAAAGCCUGCUUUCAACAAACUUUCUUACAUCGAGGCAUUGCUGAAAUAUGGAAUUGAUAAACCUGACUUGCGCUCGGCUUUAGCCUUUUUAGACAUUUCCAAGCAUUUCAAACCUACAAAAAAUACAAAAGACUUUGGUGUUGUUGAGGCAUGUGUGUUGAAAGGAGCAUUUGAUCCGGAGAAACCAUUCAAAGUUCCGCAUGCCCUUACGGACUCCAUCAAUUAUCCGAAGCGAAAACCAAUAGUUUUGGCUAUCAAAACCGAGGAAGACACUGUUUCCUGGUAUGAGAAAUUUGUUGAUAAAAACGUUUUAAAACCUACAGAGAACUUCUCAAGCGAAGAUUUGGAAAAGACACUUAAUCUUCAGCCUGGUGAUAUUUUGGCCUUUUCGACUAGAGCAGAAUUACCUUACGAGAAUCCUACUCCUUUGGGGAAGUUUAGACAAUUGGCGAUCGAGCAAUUUCCUAACAAAUGGAAUCGGCCAAUACUUCGUAAUGGAAAGGUGACCACAGAUUACGACCGAAACUCAACGUUUGUGGGUUCCUGGUUGGUUGACUUUCCUCUUUUUAGUCCUGUGGAAGUUUCAGACUCUAACGAUACGGAGUUUCCUGUUUAUGACAUGUCUCAAUUGGAGGCGACGCAUCACCCGUUCACUAUGGCGAAAAGCGAGGAUUAUGAACUUCUUGCGACAGACCCUCUCAAGGUUCAUGGUGAACAUUAUGAUUUAGUCAUCAAUGGUGUUGAAGUUGGUGGAGGAUCCCGAAGAGUACAUGAUCCCGAACUUCAAAAAUAUAUUUUCGAGUCGAUUCUCAAAAUCAACAACUAUGAAAACUUAUUUGGUCACCUUCUCAAAGCGUUGAGCAUGGGCUGCCCUCCUCAUGCGGGAAUUGCUCUUGGAUUUGAUAGACUAUGUGCUAUGCUAGUCGGUAGCGCCAGCAUCCGAGAUGUCAUCGCAUUUCCUAAAAAUCAAUCGGGUACUGAUCCUGUGGUUGAAAGUCCAACAGAUGUUCCUGACUCAACAUUGCACCAGUAUAACAUCACAAAGCAUCUAUAA